AUGGUGAUUUUGGAAGCAUAUGACAAUUAUCCAGGAAACAAAAUACUUGAAGGUGACCAUAUAAGUUGCUUAUCUCUCAAUAAUGGUUCCCACCAAGAGGAGAAGAAACUAUCGCCUAAUGUUGUAAAAGUCGAAAGCUCUCUUAAACAAGAGAUUAUAGAGCUUGAGAAAACAUUACAGAGCCAGUUUGAUGUUCGUAACGAUUUAGAAAUGGCGUUGGGUUAUAAAGAAACUCCUCAAGACUACAGUAUCUUCACUUCCAAGCCUGCUAAAGAAUUGAUCAAGGAAAUUGCGAUACUCGAAUUCGAAGUUUCUAAUUUGGAACAAUACCUUUUAUGGCUAUAUCGAAAAGCUUUUGAUCAGCAAGCAUCAGUAUAUCUAUCUCCAUCAUCAAAACGGCAGAGAUCAAUUUCACCAAAAUCAACUCUUAGGAGUAAAUGUGACAUCCCAAGAAAAUAUGAACCGCCUAAACAUGAGAAUCAAGAAAUCGAAUAUAGGUGUUUCUCUUUCGACAAUAGAAUCAAAGAUCCAGUUUCAACCAAGAGUGACAUAGAUUCGAGUGUUCGCCGGUGCCAAUCCUUGCUUGAUCAACGUUCCACUUUCACUAACAUAAUUUCUCCACGAGAAGAGUCCAUAAAAGAAGUAAGUAUAAACGAUUUCAGUAGUCUCUUAUCAAGUAUUGGCAUUCGGAUACCCUUAUCCGAUCACAUACCUAUAAUGACUCCAAACAAGCUAUCAGAGGAGAUGAUAAAGUAUGCGUCGACUAUGUACUGCAAACUUUCAGACACUCGGUUUCUUUCUUCGACAAGCAAGUUGUGGAGUCUAAGCUUCAGGAAAAACUCUGCUUUUGAUGACAAAAUCGAAUCAAGUGCACCGUACAACUCGAUGAUCGAAGUGUCACAUAUUGAAAGGAAAGGGCAUGACUUUGAGCUGAUGCUUCGACAUUUCAGGUUCCUUAUCAAACAGUUGGGAGAUGUUGAUAUGAAAAAGUUGACGCAUCAAGAGAAACUUGCGUUUUGGAUUAAUGUACAUAACUCACUUGUCAUGCACACAUAUUUAGUUAAUGGUAUUCCAAAGAACAACGGGAAGAGAUUCUUGUUAUUCUCUAAGCCAGCUUACAACAUAGGAGGUUGUGUGGUGAGCAUAGAGAUCUUGCAAAACUCUAUCCUUCUCAGCAGAAUGCCUUGUCCUCAACAGUGGCUGCGGUUGUUGCUCACCUCAAAAAAACUCCGAGCCGGAGAUGACUACCAAGAAUACUCCCUCGAGCAUCCUGAGCCUUUGUUGUACUUUGCUCUCUGUUCCGGAAUUCACUCUGAUCCAGCGGUUCGAGUAUAUACGGCCGAGAGUAUAUACCUAGAGCUGGAAACCGCAAAAGAAAAUUACAUCCGAGAAACAAUUCGGUUCAAAAGUGACCAUAAGCUAAUCUUACCUAGGAUCAUAGAGUCUUUCAGCAAAGAUUCUGGAAUGAAUCAAGCGGCAUUGAUGGAGAUGAUCAAAGAAUGUCUAUCAGAACCUAUGAGGAAUACAAUCAAGAAAAUCAACAUGGGAAGAUCCCGAAAGAGUAACAUAGAAUGGAUCCCUCACAAUUUCCGGUAUCGGUAUCUGAUAGCUAGAGAAGUCAUCAAAUGA